GAUGAAAUCACCAAAUUGUUAAUGACAAACGUGGCCAAGCAAUGAGUGGUGCGAUAGAAGAACUGCAGAUAAAAUCACAUGAUGUGAGGAGAAAAAGGACUAAAACUCGAACUAUGAGAGCAAAACUAGAAAAAGUCAAGUGAAGUAGAGACGCAUCGGAGGGAGAAACUUAUGAGAAAACUACAGAAAGAGACGAGAGAGAGAGAAAACGGUUUUGGGGAUUUGGUACUAUCGAUUCAAUAUUUUCUGAGCUAAUUUUUAGAGAGGGAAGGAAGGGGCAAAAAAACAACAACAACAAAGACAACAACAGCAAAGGAUAGCAACAGCAGCUCCACUCUUGCAUUACACAAGUGCUUCAACAAAAAAAAGAAAGCAAAAUGGUAUUGGAGACUCCAAAAAGAAGGCGGUUUUAAGUGGACCAGACAAAAGUAGAAAGCGGUUUUGUAACUGAAACAGAGCAGGCCAAAGAUUAUAGUAAGGGGAAAAAAAAAGGAAAAUCCCCACAGUCGUUACAGGGAAACUACCAACAUUGAAUUCAUAUAUAACCGUCGUGUUUAGUCAGUCUUUUUAUUUUUUGUUUAUUUUUAUUAUUUUCUUUUCUUUCCUUAUUUCGACUCUUCCUGGGGGAUCCUCUCUGCCCUUAUUAAUGGGGUAGGCUCUGCCUGCUUCAAAGACUUUUUUGCUUUUUAGCUAUAGUGUUUCUGUUUUAGUGCUUUUCUUUCUCUGCAUCGUCGGUACGACCUCGUUUUGAUGGCUCAUGUAGAAGGUAUUCCAAGGGGUUCCUCGGCUCAUGCGGAGUCAGGUUUGAAUGUUGAUGAUCUCUAUCCAGAACUGUGGAAGUUAUGUGCAGGGCCGUUGGUGGAGAUUCCUCGGGUUCACGAGAGAGUCUUUUACUUCCCUCAGGGUCACAUGGAACAAUUAGAAGCGUCAACUAAUCAGGAACUUAAUCAUCAAGCCCCGCUGUUUAAUCUUCCUUCGAAGAUCCUAUGUCGUGUUCUUCACGUUCAAUUACUGGCAGAACAAGAGACAGAUGAGGUUUAUGCUCAGAUCACUUUGCAGCCUGAAUCGGAUCAAAGUGAACCUACAAGUCCUGAUCCCUGCCCAGACCCCUGCCCAAUUGAGGCUCCAAAGAGGACAGUUCAUUCCUUUUGUAAGAUUUUAACGGCAUCAGACACAAGCACCCAUGGAGGGUUCUCUGUUCUCAGAAAGCAUGCUACUGAGUGCCUGCCUCCUUUGGAUAUGAAUCAAGCAACUCCAACUCAGGAGUUGGCUGCCAAAGAUCUUCAUGGGUUUGAGUGGCGGUUUAAGCAUAUAUUUAGGGGGCAACCACGGAGACAUUUACUUACAACAGGGUGGAGCACCUUUGUCACUUCCAAGAGAUUGGUUGCAGGAGAUGCAUUUGUGUUUCUCAGAGGUGAUAAUGGAGAACUACGAGUUGGGGUUCGGCAGCUUGCUCGUCGACAGAGCACAAUGCCAUCGUCUGUGAUAUCCAGUCAGAGCAUGCAUUUAGGAGUGCUUGCUACAGCUGCUCAUGCUGUUACAACUCAUACCCUCUUUGUUGUGUACUACAAGCCAAGGACGAGCCAAUUCAUAAUAGGAGUAAAUAAGUAUCUGGAGGCUAUUAACAAUGGAUUCUCUGUUGGCAUGCGUUUCAAGAUGAGAUUUGAGGGGGAAGACUCUCCUGAGAGAAGGUUCACUGGUACCAUAGUUGGGGUUGGAGAUAUUUCCCCACAUUGGUCAGAAUCUAAAUGGCGGUCCUUGAAGAUUCAAUGGGAUGAACCUGCAACAACACAAAGGCCAGAGAGAGUUUCUCCUUGGGAAAUAGAGCCAUUUGUGGCUUCUGCCUCCAUCAAUCUUGUACAACCAGCUGUAAAGAGCAAAAGACCACGACUGGUUGAUAUUCCAGCUUCUGAAAUUACUACAAAUUCUGCUGGUUCAGCCUUCUGGUGUCGUGGGUCAACACAAUCUCAUGAACUAACUCAAGUAGGAAGCACACCUGAAGUCCAAAGCAGUGAAAACCAAGUUAUGUGGCCUAUGAGGCAGAGAGAAGUUGAUAACAAUCUUAUCAAUAGUAGCGCAGGUUAUAACUCAAGGACUCUGCCUGAAAACGCCUGGCCAUCUUCUCUUGUGAAUGUAUCCCUAAACCUUUUUCCCAAUUCAAUGGAUGGCAACAACAAAACUGGAACACCACAGACUGUUCUCAUGGGUUAUGUGUCUUCUAUUCAAUCGAGGCCAAUCAAGGGCAAAAUGCAUGACCAAGCUGAAAAAGGAAAAAAAUCUGAAGUUUCAACAGGUUGCCGGUUGUUUGGGUUUAAUUUGACAGAUAGCACUUGUGCAGCUGUCCCCCCGGACAAGGAACAAGAGAGCACAGUUGUCGAUUACAAUGGUGUGAGAGGGUCUAUUCAAGUUGCAUCUCAUAUCGAUCAGAAUCCUGAAACUUCGAAGUCUUCAAAGGAGCAGAAGCAAGUUGCAUCAGAGACAUCAACCAAGGAGAUGCAGGCUAAGCAGGGUGCUGCUACGUCCACAAGAACUCGUACUAAGGUACACAUGCAAGGGAUUGCAGUUGGUCGAGCUGUUGACUUAACUGUAUUGAAAGGAUAUGAUGAUCUCAUAAAUGAGUUGGAGAAAAUGUUUGAUAUCAAGGGAGAGCUUUGUCCCCAUGGUAAAUGGUCCGUUGUUUUUAAUGAUGAUGAGGGCGAUAUCAUGCUUGUGGGCGAUGAUCCAUGGAUGGAAUUUUGUAAGAUGGUGAAAAAAAUCUUCAUAUAUUCAAGUGAGGAAGUGAAGAAGAUAAGUGCAAGAUGCAAAUUUCAGGUGUCAUCUUUGGAGGGUGAAGGGACUGUAAGCCUGGAUUCGGAGCAUAGGUCUGAAACAUGAAAGUUUGAAAACCCUUCUUAUUUAUAUGGUUUUACUUUGUUUUCCUUGGUUUGGUAUGGUGGGAGAAGAAAUGUUGGUAGUUUAUUUUGCUUAGGUUUUUUUUUUUUUGAGAGCUUUGCUUAAGGACAAAAAAAGAGUGAAUGAAAAUGCAUUGGGGAAGGUAAACUCUUAAUUUGUGGUAAAAGAAUAGGAAGAAAAAACAUUUAGGUUUAGAAAUGGAUGGAUUGUGUAUACCUUUGCUUUGUUGGGUGGUUGUGUGGUUUCAAUGAAUCAGCAUGUAAAAAUGUAAAUGCUUGCAUUUAAUAUGCACUUAGUUCUUGUUGGUUACUUUCCCUUGGAUGGCAUAUUCUGUGCUCUAGCUUUCAACCAUUGUCUGGCCUCCUGAGGAAAGCCGACUGAAGAAAUUGUCUCGUUGUCUUGCCUCGAGAUUUCCGUUUAUUUCGCUACGUUUGGGAACCAAUCUCGAUGGCCCUGACUUCUGGCUAGAGGCCCCCAAUGUGCUGUCAAAAAGUUAGCAGUGUCCAAAUGCUAUGCUGCUGGUCCCUAUUGCACAGGCUUAUCCACAUUAUUUGUCCUCUCAAUUAAGUUGUAAAGUUUAUGGUCCUGAAAUUUUGCAUAUGGGACAGCCCGGGGCAGUAGGUUAGGUACGGUUUUCAAGGCAUUCAUGGGAGCCGUGCUAAUCAGGUUCGGUUUGGCUUCAUCUAACCCGAAUAAGGGUUAAGUUUUUGCUUAUUACUUCCACGGCACUAAUCGUACCCACCAACAUUAACUAUGUUUUAACAAGUUAAAUUGGGUUAAAUCUUGAAGGGCAUGGAUGCCUACAAUUGCUUUGCCUUGAGAACAAGGGUUCUGGUUUCACCUAAUUAAUUGGUUUACGCUUCAUACUUCAAUCUUGACUUUAAUCUUCUGGGAUUCGAAAUCUUGAUUUUCCAUGUUUUAUUUUUGCAUUUUUGUACCAUUCCUCUCAGCUCAGGUGGGUCUUGCAGAGUGCUAACCUUGCAUUCGAAAUCUUUUUAGUUGUUACAGUUAACUUUUUUUUUUGCUUUAUUAUAGGCUUUAACAGAGAAUCCAAGCUUGCAUUGAGCCCAUUUAAAUGAGUCGGAUUUUACGUUUGUUUUGCUACAAGACGAAUGCCAUUGAUCUUGUUUGUUCACGGUAUGAGACGAGCUAAGAAGUUAAUAAUUUGGGUCAUAAGAGCUUGAGUUCAGAGCAAAGAUUUAUUUUAG